UAGACUGGCUAGCCAGGUUCCGAUGCACACUGUGAAACUGGAGGAGUUCCUCCCAGAACUACAAAGCCUGGUCUCCUACUUCCGUUUGCCCUACGACACCCAAAACAUCAGGAACACUGCAGACGAGAUGGAGCUCUUCAGCAUGGUCUCGAAGGAGUUCAGGGUGAUCUUCAGACAGCAGGAGGUGAUGAAGACCUUCCUCCAGUAUGAUGGGACAGAGGCUGUAGAGGGACAGUGGGGGAGGAAGAGGAGCAGCAUGGCUCUGAGGAAGAACGCUAACUGGAUACCAUACAUUCAGAGAUGA